UCUGGCGCGGCGGGCCCGGCGCGGCCUCGGGGGCCCAUGGGGCGCGGGCGGCCGGGCCGGUGAGCCGGACGCCCAUGGACGCCCCUGAGGAGCCGCUGCCGCCGGUGAUCUACACCAUGGAGAACAAGCCCAUCGUCACCUGUGCUGGAGAUCAGAAUUUGUUUACCUCUAUUUAUCCGACACUUUCCCAGCAGCUUCCCAGAGAGCCAAUGGAGUGGAGAAGAUCCUAUGGCCGGGCUCCAAAGAUGAUUCACCUGGAAUCAAACUUUGUUCAGUUCAAAGAGGAGCUGCUGCCCAAGGAAGGAAACAAAGCUCUGCUCACUUUCCCCUUCCUUCAUAUCUACUGGACAGAAUGCUGUGUCGCCUCUGCACUGUGCUCUCUCAUCUUCGUUGCUUUGCGAGAUGCGUGGCUGUGUCCUUGGGUGUUUCUGCUCCUGGCCAGUGUGCAGCACUCUGGGAUCCCAGUACAUCUCAGUUCCCGUGUUCCCUGCUGGUGCAGUCUCAUGGUGCCUUGGGGCCAUCAGGAUACAGAAGUGUACAAAGCUACGGUGAAAGAUGACCUCACCAAGUGGCAGAACGUCUUGAAGGCCCAUAGCUCUGUGGACUGGUUAAUAGUGGUGGUUGAAAAUGAUGCCAAGAAAAAAAACAAAACCAACAUCCUUCCCCGAACUUCUAUUGUGGACAAAAUAAGAAAUGAUUUUUGUAACAAACAGAGCGACAGGUGUGUUGUGCUGUCCGACCCUUUGAAGGACUCUUCUCGAACUCAGGAAUCCUGGAAUGCCUUCCUGACCAAACUCAGGACAUUGCUUCUUAUGUCUUUCACCAAAAACCUAGGCAAGUUUGAGGAUGACAUGCGGACCCUGCGGGAGAAGAGGACUGAGCCGGGCUGGAGCUUCUGCGAGUACUUCAUGGUGCAGGAGGAGCUCGCCUUUGUCUUUGAGAUGCUGCAGCAGUUUGAAGAUGCCCUGGUGCAGUACGAUGAGCUGGACGCCCUGUUCUCGCAGUACGUCGUCAACUUCGGGGCCGGGGAUGGUGCCAACUGGCUGACUUUUUUCUGCCAGCCGGUGAAGAGCUGGAAUGGACUGGUCCUCCGCAAGCCCAUAGAUAUGGAGAAGCGGGAGUUGAUACAGAGGCAAGAAGCCACCCUGUUGGACCUGCGCAGUUACCUGUUUUCACGCCAGUGCACCCUGCUCCUCUUCCUGCAGCGGCCGUGGGAGGUGGCUCAGCGGGCCCUGGAGCUGCUGCACAGCUGUGUGCAGGAGCUGAAGCUCUUGGAAGUUUCCGUGCCACCUGGCGCUCUGGACUGCUGGGUGUUUCUGAGCUGUCUGGAGGUGUUGCAGAGGAUAGAAGGUUGCUGCGACCGGGCACAGAUAGACUCCAACAUUGCCCACACAGUGGGAUUGUGGAGCUAUGCCACAGAAAAGCUAAAAGCCUUGGGCUACCUCUGUGGACUCGUGUCAGAGAAAGGACCUAAUUCAGAAGAUCUCAAUAGGACAGUCGAUCUCUUGGCAGGUUUGGGAGCCGAGCGACCUGAAACAGCCAACACAGCUCAGAGCCCUUACAAGAAGCUCAGAGAAGCCCUGUCCUCGGUGGAAGCUUUUGAAAAGCACUACUUGGAUCUGUCCCAUGCUACCAUUGAAAUGUACACGAGCAUUGGGAGGACUCGAUCUGCCAAACUCGUUGGGAAAGAUGUAGCAGAAUUCUACAUGAGGAAAAGGUCUGCACAGAAGGCGGAAGCUCACCUGCAGGGGGCUCUGAAAACCUACCUGGCCGAGGGCUGGGCCCUGCCCGUCACUCACACGAGGAAGCAGCUGGCCGAGUGCCAGAAGCACCUUGGGCAGAUCGAAAACUAUCUGCAGACGAGCAGCCUUCUGGCCAGUGACUGUCACCUCACCCAGGAGGAGCGGGCACACUUCUGCCAAGAGAUACUCAGCUUUGCCCAGCAACAGGUGGACAGCCCGGGUCACAGGAUCCUGCUGCCCAUGCACUCCUUUGCACAACUGAGGGAUCUCCACUUCGACCCUUCCAAUGCCGUGGUCCACGCGGGUGGCGCUCUCUCUGUAGAGAUAACCCUGUACAGCCAGAUGCCUGUCCCCGUCCACAUGGACCAGAUUGCUGUCAAUGUCCACUUCAACAUAGAGAAAAACAGUUACCGGAAGACUGCUGAGUGGCUGACCAAGCACAAGACGUCCAACGGGAUUAUUAACUUUCCAGCCGAGACUUCACUGUUCCCUGUGUCCCAGAACAGCUCACCUGCACUGGAGCUAUCGGAGAUGUUCGAGCGAAGCCCUUCUGAUAAUUCCUUGAACACAACAGGGAUUAUUUGCAGAAAUGUCCAUAUGCUCCUGAGGAAGCAGGAAGGCGGCUCUUCUCUAGAAACACCCCCCGGGGUGGCCCUGGAGGACGGGGCCCACGUGCUUCGGUGCAGCAGUGUGACUCUGCAGCCUGGGGCCAACAGGGUAGCCUUCAGGACCCAGGCCAAGGAGCCUGGAACAUACACACUCCGCCAGCUGUGUGCCUCAGUGGGCCCCGUGUGGUUCGUCCUUCCGCACAUCUACCCCAUCGUGCAGUACGACGUGUACUCUCAGGAGCCCCAGCUGCACGUGGAGCCGCUGGCUGAUAGCCUUUUGGCGGGUAUUCCUCAGAAGGUCAAGUUCACUGUCACUACUGGCCAUUAUACAGUAAAAAAUGGGGACAGCCUCCAGCUCAGCAACGUGGAGGCCAUGCUGAUCCUGUGCCAGACCGAGAACAGAGCCACGAUCUUUUCCAACUCGAGAGAGGAGUCUUCUGUCGCCUCGCUCCGGAUCCAGGCCUCUGACAAGGUCACAAGCAUCGGUCUGCCUGCUGCGCCUGCGUACCACGUGAUCGAGUUUGAGCUAGAGGUUCUGUCUUUACCUUCAGCUUCGGCAGCUAUGGGGGAGAGGGGCACUCAAGGGACACCGGAGAUCCACAGGAAGCAGAAGGACAGACAGAGAGCUGGUCACUGCAUGGUCACCACAGACCACAAGGUGUCAAUCGACUGCCCAUGGUCCAUCUACUCCACUGUCAUUGCACUGACAUUCAGUGUGCCCUUCAGGACCACGCACUCCCUGCUCUCCUCUGGAACCCGGAAGUAUGUUCAGGUGUGUGUCCAGAACUUGUCAGAACUGGACUUCCAGCUGUCAGACAGUAGCCUCAUGGACGUCGGCAACGCUGCUGACCUGCAGCUGGCACCACUGAAUGCACGGUGCCAGCAGCACAUCCACAGCAAGCAGUCGGUGUUCUUUGUCUGGGAGAUACAGUGGACGCAGGAGCCUCCCCCAGCCCUGCACUGCCAGUUCUCCGUUGGAUUCUCCCCAGCUUCUGAGGAACGGCUGUCCAUCUCCUUAAAGCCCUACACUUACGAAUUUCAAGUGGAAAACUUUUUUACGCUAUACACCGUGAAGGCUGAGAUAUCCCCUGCAGUGGGGGCAGAAUAUUGCAGAACAGGCUCACUCUGCUCCUUGGAAGUGUCCAUCACACGACUCGCAGAUCUGCUGGAGGUGGACAAGGACGAAGCUCUGACAGAGUCUGAUGAGUACUUUUCGACAAAGCUUAUGUAUGAAGUUGUUGACAACAGCAGCAACUGGGCUGUGUGCGGGAAGAGCUGUGGUGUCGUCUCCAUGCCUGUGGCUGCUCAGGCCACUCACAGAGUCCACAUGGAAGUCAUGCCUCUCUUUGCGGGCUACCUGCCCUUGCCUGACGUCCGGCUGUUUAAAUACCUCCCUCAUCACUCUGCACACUCCUCACAGCUGGAUGCUGACAGCUGGAUAGAAAACGACAGCCUGUCAGUGGACAAGCACCCAGAUGACCAGCUGGACUGCAGCAGUGUGCGGAGUAGAGGCAGUGUGGCCUCAGUUGCCAGCAGCGAGCACAAAGGCUUGCCCAUGCCCCGGCUCCAGGCGCUCCCUGCCGGGCAGGUCUUCAACUCCAGCAUGGGCAUGCAGGUCCUGGUCAUUCCCAGUCAAGAUGACCAUGUCCUAGAAGUCAGUGUGACAUGACAACCUGCGGAUCGGCCGACACCGCAGACUGGCUGUGAGUGCACUUGAGGGAUCGUGCCUGGACUGUUCUCUGGUGUAACAUGCUAGUGCUAACCAGACUUUGGCUGUUCUGCUUGGCCAGGGAGGUGUCGGGGAAUGGCAUCAGUCAGCUGGUCAGUGGAGAAAGAGCGUCCUUUGUGUUGUCUUUGGAACAGGAUUUCUUGUCGUCUUCCCUCCCCUUCCCUGUGCUGGUGUCCAGUGUUUGCCCAGAGCCCCAGCUUCCUUCACCUACCCACUCGCUGCUCCUAACACACCUACCCUGGGUCUCCCCCACAGCCUCCCUCUGCUGGUUCUGUGUGCAGACCCAUCUGACUUUCAGAUGGAAGUUCAGCAAGCCUUGCAGUCUUCUGUGACAUCUGUGUGUCCUCUGGCCACACAGCUGCCUGGCCUCCUGACCGGGAGGACUGUGAGUCUUCUAAGGGGUGAAAUGCAACCCUUCCUUCCAGACCACUACUAUGUGCUUUUCUACAGUAACCUUCUAGGGCAGGUAGGCGGGGUGCAGGGUGGGCUUGGGAGGGAGCAAACCCCUUGUGUGCCUUGGGAUGCCAGAGCCAGGCUGACUGGGAGGUCCACGGCUGAGCCUGCUAAAGUACUUGAGGAAGUCUAGAACAGGGCAUAAGGAACAACGCAGCAUUGGAAGCGCUUAGGAAAGAAUGUUUCUGGACCCAUUCCCCCUAAUGUUGAUUGAAUAUCAUAUGCACUUGGAAUUAAAUAUGUAUUUAAUUGUCAUUACAUAUGUGAGGGUUAAUAUUGUUUACUUUUCUCUCACUUUUAAAGUCUGUACAUGUAAUUGUAACUGUAUAAUCAGCAUCUUUCUUUUGCACCUUAAGUCUUAGAAGCUUAGAUGCUCCAUCUAAAGUACAGAUUAGAGGGGUCUUCUUGGUGUGUUCCAGGCUAUGUGUAGGACUCAGGGCCUGGGGUAACCUCUGCUGGUCCACUCAGUUGCAGUCAGACCAUACCAACAAGUUAAUUUACUUUCAGUUGUAAAUUUAAUUGUAUAUAUGGUUGAUUUAUUAUUUUUAAAAGUACAGACUAACUAAUGUAAUGUUUAUGUAUAAGUUGCACCAAAAAUCAAGGACAAAAUAAAUGUUUUUACUGGUGUGAAAGUUACAGCUUGUAAAUAAGUGUUGUAUGUAUUAAACCUUUUCCAGCUCUCCAAA